AUAGCGCUAUAAAUGAGACAUAAAUUAUAUGUAUUUAAUCCCUUCGUACCCGAUAAUCCCCGGUGAUGGAGGAUACGCCAGAACGAUGUCUCUUACGAUCUUCAGUCAGCAGGAUUUCAGCCAGCUCAGUAAAUCCAUAGACAUGUACGCUGACGUAUCAGAAACACGCCGACCUGCUCAAUGCGGCGUAUCCGCCAACUGCGUCUCGAGGACACGAACAGACCCACUUUCGCUAUUAAGGUCACGUGACUUACGGUACAUACCAACAGCCAGUUACUCUCGGGGGUCCGAGCCAUAUCUAAGCGUCUGAAUGGACACAGUACGAAGGCUGUAUGCACAGAAAACAGGGCGAAAUUUGUCGCUAGUCGCUUUUUGGAAAAAAAAUAAAAAAACAAACUCGCUAGGGGGUCUGAAAAGCUGCUAAAUCUAGCGACAAAGUCGGUAAAUUGGCAACACUGGUCAAACCAUGGAAUUUAUUUCCAUGGUUUGACCAGUGUUCCAUAGGAAUGUUUACCUUGUUUGGAACUCUGUUACGUCAUUAGAAUCUUACGUCACCUUCUAACGUCAGAGGACUUGAAGGGGACGUAGCCUCUGAUCUUUCACACAUAGGCACACACAAGACAAACUUCGGGGUAACAUUUAAGUCUAGAAGCGAGUUUGUUAGCAGCAUUCACACGUUCGAAUAUGCAUAAGGCGAUACCUCAGCAGAGGAAAAAUAGAAAGAUAGAGGUUCACACUCAACCAAUAAUGAAUGGACAACAAGAAGUUAGACAGUUGCAGAUUAAAAAGGAUUUUAGGAAGAUGUAUAGGCAAGGACAUGAGUACAUAACAGACUUGCUGCACAAGAUGGAAGAUGUGAGACCUCAGGUCGUCAAGAAGCUCGGUGCAUCAAGAGGAAAUAAACAGUUGCUAGCAGUGUUUAAUGACACCCUGCUAGAAACUGAAAAAACGCUUCAAGAACAGGACACUAAACAAUCAGAGUUGCAGUGGAAGCUCCAUGAACUGGAAGCAACACUCAGAGAGAUGCAGCACAAACUUCAUGAUGCCGAGAAUAAAAAUGAAGGCUUGCAAGCAAGGCUUGAUGAAGUGCUGCUAAAAAAUGAAGAAAUACUUAAAGUGAAUGAACAACAGGAAGCUAAACACACAAAAGUGAGGCACAAACUUCACGACACCGAGAGUAAAAAUGAAGGCUUGCAAGCAAGGCUUGAUGAAGCGCUGCUAAAAAAUGAAGAAAUACUUAAAGUGAAUGAACAACAGGACGCUAAAAACGCAGGGUUGGAAUACAAGCUCCAUGAACUGGAAGUGACACACAGAGCGAUGGAGCUCAAAUGUCACGACACUGAGAAAAAAAAUGAAGACUUGGAAGCAACGCUCAAGGAAGCCGUGCUAAAAAAUGACCAAAUCCUUAAAGAGAAGGAAAAAGAGAAAGGUAAACACACAGAGUUGCAAUGCAAGUUCGAUAGACUGGAAGUGACACACAGAGAUGUCCAGUACAAGUUCAGUGAAUUGAAAGGGACAUACAGAGAGGUGCAGCUCAUACUUCACAAAAGCCUUAAAAAAUCUGAAGACUUGCAAGCAAUGCUUGAUGAAGCCCUGCUAAAAAAUAAAGAAAUGCUUAAAGAAAAGAAAGAACAGGAAGGUAAACACACGGACUUGCAAUGCAAGUUCAAUGAAUUGGAAGGUAAACACACGGAGUUGCAAUGCAAGUUCAAUGAAUUGGAAGAGACGCACAGAGAGAUGCAGCGCAAACUUCACGACACCAAGAAGGAAAAUGAUGGCUUGCAAGCAAAUCUUGAUGAAGCGCUGCUAAAAAUUGAAGAAAUGCUUAAAGAAAAGAAAGAACAGGAAAGUAAACACACAGACGUGGAGUGCAACCUCCACAAACUGGAAGGUUCAAACAGAGAGGUGCAGCGCAAACUUCACGACACCAAGAAGGAAAAUGAAGACUUGCAAGCAAAUCUUGAUGAAGCACUGCUAAAAAUUGAAGAAAUGCUUAAAGAAAAGAAAGAACAAGAAGCUAAACACUUGAAGGUGCAGUGCAACCUCCAUGAACUGGAAGUGAGUCACAGAGAGCUGGAGUGCCAACAUCACAACACAACGAAAGAAAAUGAAGACUUGAAAGCAAAGCUUGAUGAAGUGCUGCUAAAAAAUAAAGAAAUGCUUAAAGAAAAGAAAGAACAAGAAGCUAAACACACGGACGUGCAGUGCAACCUCCACAAACUGGAAGUGACUCACAAUGAGGUGCAGCGCAAACUUCACGACACCAAGAAAAAAAAUGAAGGCUUGCAAGCAAAUCUUGAUGAAGCCCUGCUAAAAAAUGAAGAAAUGCUUAAAGAAAAGGAAGAACAGGAAGCUAAACUCUUGGAGGUGCAGUGCAACCUCCAUGAACUGGAAGCGACACACAGAGAGCUGGAGUGCCAACAUCACAAUACAAUGAAAGAAAAUGAAGGCUGGAAAGCAAAGCUUGAUGAAGCCCUGCUAAAAAAUGAAAAAAUCCUUAAAGCAAAGAAAAAACAGGAAGAUAAACACAAGGAGGUGCCGUGCCAGAUCCAUGAGCUGGAAGUGAAAUACAAAGAGGUGCAGAGCAAAUUUCACGACACCAAGAAAAGAAGUGAAGGCUUCCAAGCAAAGCUUCAUGAAGCCCUGCUAAAAAAUACCAAAAUGCUUAAAGAAAAUAAACAAUGGGAAGAUAAACACAUGGAGGUACAGUCCAAGUUCAAUAAACUGCAAGUGACACACACAGACUUGCAGCGCAAAUUUCAGGACACCAAGAAAGAAAAUGAAGGCUUGAAAGCAAAGCUUGAUGAAGCGCUGCUAAAAAAUGAACAAAUACCUAAAGUGAAGGAACAACAGGAAGCUAAAUACACAGAGUUGGAACGCAAGCUCCAUAAACAGGAAGUGACAUACAGCCAGGUGCAGACCAAACUUCACAACACACAGAAAGAAAAUGAAGGCUUGAAUGUGAAGCUUGAUGAAGCCAUGCUAAAAAUUCAACAAAUACUUAAAGAGAAGGAACAACUAAAACAAAGAAAGAGCAAUUUGAAGAAGGAAUGUGCAGAGAAGCAAUGCAAGAUCCAAGAAAUGGUGAAAGAAAAUGCAGAACUGCGAAAUCUCUAUAACAAAAUUCAGCACAAAAACACUGAAAUGCACAAGGAGCUGCAACAACAGGAGGAAACACAUAAAGAAGUGCAGAGGAGAAAUCACGAGUUACAAGACAUGUGUGUCAAACUGCAGCAAAUAAAUAAAGACAUGCACAAGGAACAGAAUGUAGAGAAAGAGAAAUAUAAAAACCUGAAUGAAAAGUAUGCAGAAAACCAGGAAGAAUUAGAAGAACUUGAAAAAAAGUGCAAGAACCUUGAGGAGGAGAAGGUAGAAAAUAUCAGUCAUCUGAGAACACUUGCAUUAGAGAACAAGAAUCUGGAAGAACGCUGCCAGAAAAAGAAAAAGCCCUUCUGGUUUUUCUGGAAGAAAUCUACUGAUUCUUCAGCACCGUGCAGACAAAAUCGUGUUUUCCCGUUAUAACUCUGCUGCUUCUUCAGUUCUACCUGCACAAAACUAGCCUCAUCUUCCUCCAUCUUUAAUCGCAGAAGAAGCUUCAUCCCUUUCUUCUUCCUCCCCUCCCUUCUUCUGUCUCCCCUCUUUUCCUUUUCCUUUCAACCCCCAAACCGGUCUUGACAGAUGACUGCGCCUCCCUGAGCCUGGUUCUGUCGGAGGUUCCUUCCUGUCUACAGGGAGUUUUUCCUCCCCACUGUUGCUUGCUCAUCGGGAAAUGUCGGGGGUUUCUCUUCUCUGUCUCUUUCCCUCUUUUCCUUACCCUAUCCUAUCAUCCCCAACCUGUU